CAAAGAAUAACAACAGUGUGAUUGCAUGCUUAAAGAACUGCUGGAAACUAGAAGUGCUAUUUUCUCAAAUCAAAGCUGGAAUUCGAUACUCUGAAUCGCCAAAUAAUCAGCCCAUAUAGGAUCAAGUAUUGAGAUACUAAGAACAAGGGCUUCAUCUGAGGUUAUCAACAUCCUAUCCCAUUCACAUUCACACAUUCGCUAUCGAGUUCAAUAGUCUUGACUUCCUUCUGAACAUUUUUGCAUUCAUAUUCACUCAUCAUAUUAGUAUUUGAAAAUGGUAGAGGGUCUGUCUAACAAUAUCAUGGAGAACUCUCCCCAGACUCCUAACGAAAAGUCGCCAGACUAUAACUGUUCCAUCAAGAAUCAACCGCAACCGCAUGCAAACGUUGGAGUGCGUAUGAGAACUUCUCUCCGCAAGUAUAUGUCUUUUGUUGGCCCCGGGUUGCUUAUUUCAGUUGCUUACAUGGAUCCUGGUAACUAUGCCACAGGCAUUACUGCUGGUGCUUCAAACAGAUACUCGUUACUUUUCUUCGUGUUUCUCUCAAAUAUCAUUGCUAUUUUCCUCCAAUCACUUUGUAUCAAGUUGGGCUCGGUGACAGGUUACGAUUUGGCUAGAUGCUGCCGUGAAUACUUGCCUCGCUGGUUAAACAUCAUCCUUUGGAUUCUUGCGGAGUGUGCUAUUAUUGCUACAGAUGUAGCCGAGGUUAUUGGUUCCGCUAUCGCCCUUAAUAUCUUAUUGAAAGUGCCGUUACCAGCCGGUGUAGUCAUCACUAUUGUCGACGUUUUGUUCGUUCUUGCUGCUUACAGAAACGACACUUCUUCGACAAAGUUCGUAAAAAUGUUUGAAUAUGCCGUAGGUUUGUUGGUCAUGGCAGUUGUUAUCUGUUUUGCUAUUGAGCUUUCGCAGAUUCAUGCCAAUGCUGCACAAGUCUUCAGAGGCUUCGUCCCUUCGAAAGAGAUGUUCGAUGACGGAGGCAUGACUAUCGCCACUUCUAUCAUUGGUUCCACCGUCAUGAUCCACAGUUUGUUCUUGGGUUCGGGAUUAGUACAGCCAAGGUUGAGAGAAUAUGACGUCGUUCAUGGCCACGUCAACUUGAACGACUUGUAUGACAAUAGCAGUGACGAAGACGAGAAAGCAGCAGCAAAAUCUAAGCGCGAUGUAGAGGCAGACUACUUUUACCAUAAGUACAAACCUUCUUACCAGUCGAUCAAGUACUCGUUAAAAUAUUCCAUCAUUGAGUUGACCUUGACUUUGUUGACUUUGGCACUUUUCGUGAACCUGGCCAUCUUAAUUGUAGCUGGUUCCUCUUUGUAUGACACUCCAGAAGCUGUGGAUGCUGACUUGUAUACUAUCCACUACUUACUUUCCAAGAACUUGGCCCCUGUGGUGGGUACCAUUUUCAUGUUGGCAUUGUUGUUCAGUGGUCAGAGCGCAGGUAUAGUAUGUACCAUAGCUGGGCAAAUAGUCAGUGAAGGUCACAUCAAUUGGACUGUCAAGCCAUGGAUGAGAAGAUUAAUCACUAGAGCUAUUUCUAUCAUUCCAUGCUUAAUUAUCUCGCUUUGCAUAGGACGUAAUGGUUUAAGUACGGCUUUGAACGUGUCCCAGAUUGUCAUUUCAAUUCUAUUGCCUCCUUUGACCGCUCCUUUAAUCUACUUUACUUGUAAGAAGACGAUCAUGAAGGUAGAACUCCCAGAGGAAAUGAACACAGAAGGUAUCAAGGGCAUUGUAGAGGAUAAGGAUACAAAAAAGAGAUACAAAUACUUGGGAAACAACUGGAUCACUGCAGUGAUUGCAGUUUUGAUCUGGCUCUUCAUCUCGGUCUUGAACGUGUAUGCCAUAGUGGAUAUGGCCAUGCACGGCGUACAAUAGAGAGUUGUCAUUUACAUUUUAUAUUUAUUGGGUAAUACAAGGAAUACGAGAGUAUUUCAUACAGAUCAAUACAUAGAAUCUAACG